UGCUGCGACUUAACUUGUCUCCCGGUUUAAACACACGCAGAAUUGGAGCGUUUUCAGGUCCCUGUGUCAUGUCAUAUGACUGCACAUGUGAUGUUUAACUUGAACCCGGAAGUAUUUUACAAGUAAAUAAAGCCACGAGACUCACCAUAAAUGUUAUGAUAAAAAUGCGUGUAGUAUUACACUAUCAGACAUGUGGAACAAGUCUGUAGCUACCUAUAUGUUUGUAUGCAUUGUGAGAUGUCUCAGUUUGGGAGUGUAUGAGUUAGUUCUGGACGGAACCUGGCAGCUAAACAACUCUAAUGGAUCUGUGUCAGUCAGUGCACAAGUACCCGGAUGUGUCCAUAGCACACUGCAGCAACAGAAGCUUAUUCAGGAUCCAUACUAUCGGUUUAAUGACAUGGUCUACAGGUGGAUCGCUCUAGAUAACUGGACGUACAUCACUUCGUUCUCUGUGCCUGACCAUGUCAAAGAGAGUAGAAGAGCCGUUCUCAUAUUUGAAGGUGUGGACACAAUCUCCACUAUUUCUCUAAAUGGAGUCGUCAUCGGAAAGACAGACAACAUGUUCCGGAGAUAUGACUUUGAGGUUGCAGGACUACUCAAGGAUGUUAAUGUUCUGGAAGUGCGGCUCAUGUCAGCAGUGACCUACGCAGCAGAAAGAAGUCAAGCCCACACUUCAUACAAAGUUCCCCCAGAAUGUCCUCCUGCUGUACAGAAAGGAGAGUGUCAUGUAAACUUUAUUCGGAAGGCACAGAGCUCAUUUAGUUGGGAUUGGGGGCCAUCUUUCCCCACUCUUGGUAUCUGGAAGGGUGUUCGUCUCCAGUCAUUUGAUACCCUUAGGCUGUUGAGCUUUAUCACCAUUCCAAAAUAUGACUCUAACUUGUCAUGCUGGACCGUGGAAGUAGAGUUGUUCUUUGAUGUUUCUGCUGCAUCAGUGGGUGUCAUCCAUGUGUCCAUGCCACAGUUACAGUCAGAGGAGAAAUUUUGUCUUUCUCUCACACCUGAACAAAGCAGCAAAUCUGUACUUCUUCAGAUCAACAAGAAUGUUACAGUUGAUCUGUGGUGGCCCUUUGGACAUGGACAACAACCUCUAAAGGAUCUUCUCAUAGAUAUUAAUAUGGAGGGUGGAGAGAGAUUUCAAGUAGAGAGACUGGUUGGUUUCCGUACUGUGGAGUUGGUACAAGAACCUAUUCCUGCUUCUCCUGGCCUCAGCUUCUACUUCCGUAUCAACGGGAAACCCAUUUUCAUGAAGGGCUCAAACUGGAUCCCAGCACAUGCCUUCCAGGACCAGAUUAGUGCAGUCAAUUUGACUCAACUGCUCAUGUCUGCACAGAUGGCAAACAUGAAUGUUUUGAGAGUGUGGGGAGGUGGAAUCUAUGAACAAGAUCUCUUCUAUAUUCUGUGUGAUCAGCUAGGCAUAUUGGUUUGGCAAGACUUUAUGUUUGCAUGCGCACUAUAUCCUACAGACCAAGAUUUUAUGGAGUCGCUGCGAGAGGAGGUCAUUCAGCAGGUAAGACGGCUCAAGUCGCACCCCUCUGUUGUCAUCUGGAGUGGAAACAAUGAGAAUGAGGCAGCUUUAGCAACCGAUUGGUUUUUUAUUCCUCCUGCUGAGAAGCCACUCUACGUGAAAGACUACAUUCAACUGUACGUGGAGAAUAUCAGAGAGAUCGUAAAGCAGGAGGACAGCACAAGACCUUUCCUGGUGUCUAGUCCAACCAAUGGUGUGGAGUCUGAGAAAGAAGGCUGGGUAGCCCAGAACCCAUAUGACACUCAUUAUGGAGAUGUCCACUUCUAUAGCUACGUCACUGACUGUUGGGACUGGAGGAAAUUUCCCCGUGCACGCUUCGCCUCUGAGUAUGGCUUCCAGUCCUGGCCCUCACUGUCCACCCUCAGUAAGGUGUCAGUCGCUACAGACUGGGAUUUCAACAGCACGUUCUCACAACAUCGACAGCACCAUGAGUUUGGAAAUGUGCAGAUGCUUCAGCAAGCAUCACUACAUUACAUCCUUCCUAACAACACAGACCUACAGCAAAGAUACAGAGACACUAUAUAUAUCACCCAGGUCAUGCAGGCCCAGUGUGUAAAAGUGCAGACGGAAUUCUACCGCCGCAGUCAGAGUGACAUAGUUCAGGGUGAAGGGCACACCAUGGGUACUCUUUAUUGGCAGCUGAAUGAUAUUUGGCAGGCACCCUCUUGGUCCUCUAUAGAGUUUGGUGGAAAAUGGAAAAUGCUGCACUAUUUUGCCGUCCAUUUCUUCAGUCCUCUCAUAUCAGUGGGGGUUGAGGAUGAAGGAGACUUGCUGAUCUAUGCUGUCUCUGAUAAGGAAACAAAUUACACUCUGAAAGUUACUGUGAAAUUAUACCAGUGGAGCAGUUUUACUCCACAGUGUUCUCUGAAGUCUGAUCAGGCAAUGGUGAAAGGAGGUGGGGUCACUAAAGUGUUUCAGUCUUCAAUCUCCACAGUGCUAAAGAAUUGUGGAAAUUGCACUCGGAAAUCAUGCGUCGUCACAUUUGUCCUCAGUGGCACAGAAGGUGUAACAAGUCCCUCCAACUAUCUGUUCCUCAGCUCACCAAUGGAUGCUGAGGGUCUCCAAAAACCUAACAUCACGUUCUCUGUGCAGGAUACUGGGAAGAGGAUCAUGGUGAAUCUUUAUUGCUCUUCACCUGCGCUGUUUGUAUGGCUGGAUGUAGCCGAUAUUCCUGGUGUCUUUGAUGCUAAUGGUUUCUUGAUGAUAUCCGAGAAAUACACUGUAUAUUUUACAAAAUGGGGAGCCACCACUGUUCAGGAAUUCACUACCAAGCUUCGCAUUACUUCCCUCCGAGACAUCUACUGAGUGUGUGUUAUGUAUGUUUACCAUUGUUUACCAUCUGUGGUACAGAGGGUCACCACCCUUAUAGCCUUUUGGUCCCUGAUUUGAUAGUGAGCUCAGGCUACUCUCUGUGCCGAUUUUCACUUCUGUGUCCGUGUGGUUUCCCCGGGUUCUUUGGUUUAUUCUGACCUCCAAAAAUAUGCCACUAAAAUUGCCCCUAGGUGUGACUGUAUGUGUGCACAGUGCCCAAUGAAAGACUGCCAUCUCAUUUGUAGUGUAUUGUUGUCUUGCACUUAAAUCUUGACUGUUUCUGGGAUAGGCUCCAGAUCUGCUGAUAUUAAAUGAAUGAUCCUAAAUAAAAAUAUUCAGGGAUUCUAGUUUCCUAAAGGGUUUCUACUUGUAACUGUUUCUUAUAUUUCUGUAUGUUUUUUUUUUGUAUGUUUCUUGAAAAUUGUUUGGAUAGAUUUUGUAUGUUUUAUAAUUAUCAAUAAAAAUUCCAAAGCA